UUCUACGGCGUCGAAUCUGCGUUUCCGGAUGAGAAGCUAUUGAAGGGAAGGGAGGAGGUCCUGGCGUCGGCGCUUCCCGAACAGAAAAAUCGAAUACGUCGUCCGGAAUCCAGGAAAUGAACUCAAGAAAAUGAAGCCUAAUAGAGGAAAGGCCUGUGCUGGAGAGAGAGACUAUGUAUACACACUCAAUGCUGGAAAUCAACAUUUUGUGCUUACAGUGCCUCUCAAAUUUCCCGUGCAAGAGAAUAUUAGUCAUUUGCAUGGGCGUCUAAUGCUUCUGCACAAUCUGCCAUGCUUUGUAGAAAAUGACCUGAAGCAAUCUCUUAAUAAGUUUAUAGAAGAUGAAACUAUAAAGGGUUAUGAUAGAGAAGCUGAAAUGGCUCUGGAAGCUGUGAAGUCAGGAGAAGUAGACAUAAACCAGCUGGCAGAUACUUGGGCUAAAGCUUAUAAAGAGACAACGUUAGAGUAUGCAAAACCUGAAGAAAACAGCUGGGAUGAAGAUUUUGCAGAUGUUUAUCAUGAUCUGAUACAUUCUCCAGCUUCUGAGACACUGUUAAACCUGGAACACAAUUAUUUUGUUAGCAUCUCAGAAUUAAUAAGUGAAAGAGAUGUGGAAUUGAAAAAACUACAGGAAAGACAAGGAGCAGAAAUGGAUAAGGUGAUGCAGGAACUAGGGAAAUCUCUAACAGACCAAGAUGUAAAUUCAUUAGCAGCUCGGCAUUUUGAAUCUCAGCAGGAUUUAGAGAACAAAUGGACCAAUGAAUUAAAACAAUCUACUGCUAUCCAGAAGCAGGAGUAUCAGGAAUGGGUGAUAAAACUUCAUCAGGAUCUGAAGAAUCCCAACAACAGCUCAAUCAGCGAUGAAAUUAAGGUGCAGCCCAGUCAAUUGAGAGAAUCUGUAGAAGGAAAUGGGAGAAUUUACGAAGAGCAAAGACUUUUAGAAGAAAGUUUUACUAUUCACUUGGGAGCUCAGUUGAAGACCAUGCAUAAUUUGAGAUUACUGAGGGCUGAUAUGCUGGAUUUCUGUAAACACAAACGUAAUCAUCGAAAUGGAGUAAAGCUUCACAGACUUCAAACUGCAAUGUCUCUCUAUUCAACAUCUCUCUGUGGCCUCGUUUUAUUGGUAGAUAACCGUAUCAGUUCGUACAGCGGCAUCAAAAGAGAUUUUGCAACUGUUUGCCAAGAAUGCACAGAUUUUCAUUUUCCUGGAAUUCAAGAACAACUUGAAAUUGUCCAGAAGGUUGUACUUAAGGCCAGAGCACAGCGUAGCAAUAAGUCAAAAAAGCAUCACGGAAGCAAAGAUAGUGGAAUUGAAGAUAAAUCCAAGAAUAUUGAACGUAACCAGUCGAAUAUUUUACAAGGAGAAUUCUACAUCACUCGCCAUUCAAAUCUUUCUGAAAUUCAUGUUGCAUUUCAUCUUUGUGUGGAUGAUAAUGUAAGAUCUGGAAACAUAACUGCUCGGGAUCCUGCGAUCAUGGGACUUAGAAACAUUCUCAAAGUUUGCUGCACACAUGACAUUACUACCAUUAGUAUUCCUCUCUUGUUGGUACAUGAUAUGUCAGAAGAAAUGACCAUUCCAUGGUGCUUAAAGAGGGCAGAACUUGUGUUCAAAUGUGUCAAAGGUUUCAUGAUGGAAAUGGCCUCAUGGGAUGGAGGAAUUUCUCGGACUGUACAAUUCUUGGUACCACAGACAAUUUCUGAGGAAUUGUUUUACCAGCUGAGUAACAUGCUACCCCAAAUCUUCCGAGUAUCCUCUACAUUAACUCUAACCUCUAAGCACUGAAUUUUGUGCGAAAGUAGGUUGUAUCCUAUUGACAGAAGAAAAGGUUCUGGAGAAUCGGUACUGGAAUUUCACUUCUCUGAAGCCUGAUGAUCCUGAAUUGAAGUUUGUUGCAAUUUCAAGAAUAAUGUUAUUAGAAUAAAAGAUAAAAUGCUACCUGUAUUUGGAUGUUAGCAUUUCAUUUUUACCUCUUUCAUUCUUUUUCAGCAUGCAUUAAUAUUGAAUUCUUCAUCUUUUUCUGAAAGAAAUUAAAUGCAGCUAGUCUUAGGGAAUCUGCAGAAAUGAUUUUCAUACAGAUAGUAGGAAUAAGGGCUUAUGGAAGAAGUAGGAUCCUCUGGGCAGAACAGGUGAUGAUUUUAAAAACAGAUUCUAAAUGUUCUCAGUGAUAGUUAAAGGAGGAAAAAAUGAUGUCACGUAUCUCCUUUGAAUAAUUUUGAUAUCAUUUGUCAGAGUUGUCUUUUAAAGGUGACCACAAAAUAAAGUGUUUUACUGCUUCAUUUCAGCAUUUAACCAUUAUAAAAUAAAAAACAUGAGAGAACUCUUUAUCCUGUUGCAUUUUCAUAGAAUCACAGAAACACCAAGGUUGGAAAAGACCUACAAGAUCAUCCAGUCCAACCAAUAGUUCUCACUAAACCUUAUCCCUCAACACGAAAUGUAAACGUUCCUUGAACACCUGCAGGGGCAGUGACUGCACCACCUCCCUGGGCAGCUCAUUCCAGUGCCUGACCACUCUUCCAGAGAAGUACUAUUUCCUAACAUCCAGCCUAAAUCUCCCCUGGCACAGCUUGAAGCCCUAAUUGAUUGUAGAGGAAAUGGACCUGGGGGUAUCGAUCGAUGUUUGGCUGAAUAUGAGCCAGCAGUGUGCCUGGGUGGCCAACAAGACCAAUGGCAUCCUGGCUUGCAUUAUGUGUUGCCAGCAGGAACAGGGCAGUGAUUGUCCCCCUGUACUCAGCUCUGGUGAGGCCACACCUGGAGUUCUGUGUCCAGUUUUGGGCCCCUCACUGCAAGAAAGACAUUUUGUAAAUCACUGGAAUUAUUAAAAAGUAAUCAAUAUAUCUAUAAUUUUGCUUUUUUGAAAUUAUCACUCCUUCUUUAUUUUAUGGUAUUUUCUUUAUGACAGGAUUCAAUUUUUACUGAAAAAUAAGCAAUCUCAUAACCUCCUACUUCCCUGCAGAAAAAAGCUGCUUUUAACCCAUGUUGGGACACUCAAGCUUUUUGACUUAUUUUUGAACACUAGUGACUGGAAGCAAUUCUUAAAUUCUAGUGUAGUAGAGACUAGGCACGGGGAAAAUCCUGUCUGAAGCUGGUAUUUACAGGGUUCCUAGAGGAGUUAGCAUCACAAGAAAGCAGCUGAGGUAGCGAAGGUCUCAGGUAGGUUUCUGAAGUCCACAGUUCUGUUCUAUAGAAAUCACUGGGAAUCCUGGUAGAGCUCACUUUGAAUAUGCAGUCUUUCUAUGGAUUGUUAGAUUCUGCAUUUGAAAACUGUAAAUACAUUUGAAAUUAUUUACUUUUGUCAGUGUGACUUAUUAUCUUACUUAGUUUAGUAGAUGUGAAGAAGGUAAAAUUUUGCUCUGAAGAAGUUGCAAUUUAGAAUCCUUACAGAACUGAAGUAAUAUAAAUCAGUUCAUGAUAUUUAUAAAUUCACUGUGUAAGUAACAAAUUCUUAGCUCAGUAUUUUAUUAGCUUAGCUUGGUAUUUUUAUUGAAUCCUUCAUGUGGUACAGAAGUCUCCUGUCUGAUACCUAUUGCUGAACUAUCAACUGCUUUCAUUUGCUGUGCCAGCAGCUUCGAAACAAAAGUCGUGCAAGUAAUGACCUAAUUUGCUUUUCUAGAAAAUAAGGAUGUAUGCUUAUUUAGAAGGAGCUUGAUUAAUCCUAUUUGAGCUCAUUUUACAUUGCUGAUUGGAAGCUGAAAUCAAACUCCAGUAUGAGAAAAGGAAGUGCUCUAACCAUGGUUCUGUUUCUGAAAGAUGUGCUAGCAGAGUACUCCUUUGUUUUAUCGAUGCUAAGACUUACUCUGUGUUAUAAAAGAGGUCUGGGUUAUGGAAUUGGGUGGUUUUUUUUUUU